AGCUUUAGCUUGUAGUAUCUAGCACGAAAUCUGUGAAGGUUUUUAUUUAUUUUGUCACAAAGAUUAGGCGCUGAUGUACGAGAAGGAAAGCGGAGACAUCACAACUACAUCGGCAUUCACAUCCACAAUUACAUCCCCAUUCACGUUUAUAUCGGCAUUCUAUUCACAUCCACAACUACAUUUGCGUCCACGUCUAAAACCACAUCGGCAUAUCCUAUGCACAUCCACAAUUUCAUCAAAGAUAUUUUAGUCAAAAUGAAAACAACUCCAAAAUUCAAAGUAGUCUGUAAGUUCACAAUAUGUCAAAAUGUAACAACUACAAUCUAAAGAACUUCAAAUUGUAAUUCGCUCAUAACAUUUUUUAAUCAUUUUUAUUUGUAACAUAAUGCGCUCAGAACAUAAUACAAUGCCGACAAAUAAGUCUCUCUGUCUCUGGUAAUGAAAAAUGAAUAUCCCUUUUUAACUGGGGAAAUGUUUAUUUCCCAUCUUGAGAAAAAUACCAAAAUAUCCAAUUUUAAUCCGAAAAUAAAAAUAAUAAAUACCGAAGCAUCAUCCACUUAAAAUCAAGCAUUUUAUAGGAAGAGAUCUGUGAGCUCAUACGUUAUCACCAAUGGCGAAGGAGACAGUGUGUGUAACUGGCGCCAACGGUUUCAUCGGAUCCUGGAUUAUCCGAACAUUACUUGACAACGGAUACACCAAAAUCCACGCCUCUAUCUACCCAGGAUCCGACCCGACUCAUCUCCUCAAACUACCAAGACCCGACGACACAAACACCGAGAUCAAGAUCUUCGAAGCAGAUCUCCUAGACCCCGACGCCAUCGCCAGAGCCGUAGAUGGAUGCGCAGGAGUGUUCCACGUGGCGUCGCCUUGUACGUUGGAUCCACCGGAGGAUCCCGAGAAGGAGCUGGUCGAACCGGCGGUUAAGGGAACGAUCAACGUGUUGUUAGCAGCUAAUAGGUUCAACGUGAGGCGCGUGGUGAUCACUUCCUCUAUAUCGGCUUUGGUUCCGAACCCAAAUUGGCCGGAAGGAAAACCCGUCGAUGAGUCGUCGUGGACCGAUCUUGAUUAUUGCAAGUCGAUGCAGAAAUGGUAUCCAAUUUCGAAGACGCUAGCUGAGAAAGCGGCUUGGGAAUUUUCGGAGAAGCAUCGAACCAACGUUGUGACCAUCCAUCCAUCCACAUGCCUCGGACCACUUCUGCAACCUAGCCUUAACGCAAGCUGCGCCGUUUUGCUACAGCUCUUACAAGGCUCGACGGAGACACAAGAGCAUCACUGGCUUGGUGUGGUGCACGUGAGAGAUGUGGCGAAAGCUCACGUGAUGCUUUUCGAAACACCUGAAGCUUCUGGUCGGUUUCUGUGCAGUAAUGGGAUUUAUCAGUUCAGUGAGUUCGCUGCUCUUGUGUCCAAACUCUUCCCUGAGUUUGAUGUUCACAAGUUUGAUAAAGAAACGCAACCUGGGCUUACGCCGUGUAAAGAUGCGGCUAAGAGAUUGAUUGAGCUGGGGAUGGUGUUUACUCCGGUCGAAGAUGCGGUUAAGGAGACGGUCCAGAGUAUUAGAGACAAAGGCUUCCUCUGAAUGAAUAAAAUAUCUUUGAGAGUUCCAAAUUGUACAAGUACCAACCGAGUGGUACAAGGAAGAAAUUAAGAACCGAGGAUAUCGUCUAUGUUAUUACAAUAUGGAGUAUUUGUGCAUCUGUGUGAGUGUGAGCCAAAGUUAACAUGUUCAUGUUACCAUGGAACUGCUCAAGGAUUCCCAAGAAUUUUAGUGUAGAGUAUGGAAAAAGCUAGGCCUGAAAAUGUUGUGUAGGCGGAAGAAGAAUGACAUACCAUGUUUAUCUUGAA